AUGUUAACUUCUUUCACUGUCUCUGUAGUUUUGUACAGCCCUUUCUUUCAAUACGUAUUUCCUGCACAUCUAGUAAGCGCUGUUCUACAUAUAACAAACAACACGUCAACACUUGAAAUGCUUACUCAUAAGGAUGGCAUCCAGAUGAGGAUGAACUCAUGGCAGGACGGCGUCGCCGGCACCAACUGCCCAAUCCCUCCCGGAUGGAACUGGACCUACCAGUUCCAGCUCAAAGACCAGAUCGGAAGCUUCUUCUACUUCCCUUCGCUCGGCCUCCAGCGGGCUGCGGGCGGCUACGGCCCUGUAACCGUCAACAACCGCGCCGUUGUGCCCGUCCCCUUCAACCAGCCUGAUGGCGACAUCACCUUGUUCAUUGGAGAUUGGUACACCAAGAGCCACACGGAACUGAGGGACAUGCUAGAUGAUGGCAAGGAUCUUGGGAUACCUGAUGGGAUUCUGAUAAAUGCAAAGGGCCCUUACAGAUAUGACACCACACUGGUUCCAGAAGGCCUUCAAUAUGAGAUUGUUGGAGUUGAGCCAGGCAAAACAUAUCGCUUCCGCGUUCACAAUGUUGGCACCUCAACCAGCCUGAACUUCAGAAUCCAGAACCACAACAUGCGUCUCGUAGAGGCUGAAGGAACAUACACUUAUCAGCAGAAUUACACCAACCUCGACAUACAUGUCGGACAAUCAUAUUCUUUCUUGGUGACCAUGGACCAAAAUGCAAGUACAGACUAUUACAUCGUGGCAAGCCCGAGGUUUGUGAGCAGCGAAGCUCGCUGGCACGAUGUCAAUGGUGUAGCAAUCCUGCAGUACUCAAACUCCAAAGGCAGUGCUUCUGGCCCCCUCCCUGAUGGUCCAGAUGACUUCUACGACAAGUACUAUUCCAUGAACCAGGCAAGGUCUAUCAGGAUGAAUGUGAGUUCCGGUGCUGCACGUCCAAAUCCACAGGGAUCAUUCCGCUACGGCUCGAUCAACAUCACGCAGACCUUUGUGUUGAAGAAUGAGUCACCCUUGCGCAUUGACGGGAAGCGUCGAAAGACGAUAAACAGAGUGUCGUACUCACCUCCUGAGACUCCACUGAGGCUUGCUGAUCUCCACAACCUUACAGGGGUCUACAAAACUGACUUCCCCACAAUGCCAAGCAAUGCGCCACCAAGGAUGGCUUCAUCUGUGCUAAAUGCUUCUUACAAGGGCUUCCUCGAGAUGGUCUUCCAGAACAAUGAAACCGAUGUUCAGACCUACCAUCUGGAUGGUUAUUCAUUCUUUGUAGUCGGGAUGGACUAUGGUGAGUGGACGCCAAACAGCAGGGGUUCAUACAACAAGUGGGAUGCCAUCUCUCGCAGUACUACACAGGUCUUCCCGGGAGGGUGGACUGCUGUUCUGGUGUCGCUCGACAACGUAGGCAUCUGGAAUAUACGUGCCGAGAAGCUGGACAAUUGGUACAAUGGGCAAGAGGUUUAUGUGAAAGUUGCUGAUCCACUGGGCUACAACGUCACCGAAAUGAUCGCUCCAAACAACACUCUCUACUGUGGUCUGCUGGAACACUUGCAAAAGCCACAGAUACAUGAGACAAGCAAGAAGUCAUCAGGGCAUGCCGUGGCUCGAUGGAGCACCCAGCUUCUCGCAACCGUGUCACUGAUUGUCACAGCUGUGAUUUGCAGUUAA